AUGACGAAAGUAUCACCUAUGAAGAAAGCGCGAAGAGCUUCAUCAAGUCGUCAUCGUGGUGGAAAAAAGAAUGUUGUUUUUCAGGAUGUAGGUCCUGAAAAAUUUUCUUCUGAUGAUUCUCGCAUCCAUGUUACAUGUCAUUGGCACGGUUUUAAUUGUAUAAAAGAGUUUCUAAGCGAUUUACAGCUACAAAAGUUGAGAGAGUCAUGUUUUGGGUAUCUUUUUGAUUUGGAUGAAUCUCUCAAACCAGCACAAAUGAUUAUGCACUCUCUCUUACUUCAUCAAGAGUGCAAUUCUAAUGGGAAUGAGCUUCAAUUAAGUUUUAACAGCAGCAAAGUGAAGUUCAGUAUUGUUGAGUUUGGCAUCAUUACAGGGUUGAAUUGCAAUGAAUUUCCCACAGAUUCUGAUAUCAUUGAGCACCCAAAUCGAUUACUCAACAAGUACUUUUCUGGCAAUGAAUCCAUUAGCAGAAAAGAGUUGGCAGAAUGUCUUAUGAAAACCCGAAUUGAUGAUGAUGAUGAUGUUGUAAAAUUGACAAAGGUUUUCAUUGUGCAGAAUAUUUUACAAAGUAAGCGUGGCCAAUGUCAUGUAGACAAUUUUGUUAUGAAGUUGGUUGAUGAUGAACAAAUGUUUGAAAAGUAUCCUUGGGGUCGUCGUUCUUUCAAUGACACAGUUAACAGUCUUUCUCCUGUUUUGAAUCGCCGAAAAACGGGAUAUGAGAUAUGUGGAUUCCCGUUAGCUUUUCAAGUUUGGGGCUUUGAAAUUCUUCCAAGUUUAGGUUCAUCUUUUGCAAUUAAGGUUGGAAAUAACAUUCCUAAAAUUUUAAACUGGAAGAUGACCAACUUGCAGCGUAGCUCACGCUUGAAAACAAUUUGGAAAGAAGUUUUCGGAAAAAAUAAGAUUACUUGUGUUCCUUUGGCUCCUGUGGAUGAUAAUAGAAGUACAACCGCUGAGCAAAUUGGAUUAAAUCACGACUCUUCUAGUCCAAGAAUGAAUGAUAGAAGGACAAAUUUGCAAAAAGAGAUUGAAGUAAAUCAUCAUUCUUCUAGUCUAAAAAUGAAUAAAGAUGAACACACCAUUUUGUUAAAGGAUUUAAUGAAAGAGAGUGCUUCUCUUAAAGCAUUAAAUGUUGAGAUUAGAGAAGAAAAUGUCGAAAUUAAGAAAGAAAAUGCUGAAAUCAGAGAAAAAAUUACUGAAAUAACAAACGAGAAUUGUGGAUUAAAAGAUGAAAUAGCUGCCGUGAGAAAACAAGUUGAUGUGUUCAUGCAAUAUUUUACAGAUCUUCUCGAGUUGAAGACAAGUUUCAAAAAUAUUGAGAAACUUGUAUUAUGGUUAGCGGAGAAUGGUGGUGCAGAGAAGAGAACUUGUGGAGAAAAAGAGAAUGCUAAAGAAAGCAGCGAAGAUCUUGUCUUUUUGAAUGAAAGUAAAAACACUUUUUCCCGAAGGAAUUUUCACGAGUGCACAAAUGAAUUGAAAUCUAGUAAUACUGUUUUUAGCGGUCCAGAUUGUCAUCCUAAUGUUGCAGAGAUUUUAAAGGAUUCUAAUGUAAAAAUUCAUCAAAUGAAAGAAGGACAACAAGACAAGGAAGCAAAUGAGGGAUCUAGAAGCAUGGAUCAUGUCAAUGAUGAAGAUAAAGAAGUUGUAGAGGCAAACAAAAGUGGAAAAGCAAUAAUUGAGAGCGAUGAUGAUAUUCCAACCUUCAAUCUUUUAUCUCAAUCAUUUUCGGAAAAUGAAAAUGAGCCGUUGUGUGAAACAUUGAAGGUGUUACGUAGUAAAAGAAAGAGGAAGACAACCUUAAGCCGCUAUCUUAUUUCUCCAUUUGAGCCAUUGAAUAAACCAAAGGGCGCAAGAUAACGUGAUCACUAAA